AUGCCGCCGCCGAAGUUACUCCUGUCCAUCUCCGUCAGUCCGCACGCCGCCGUGUCCAGCAACUCGCGCUUCAUGGGUGGACAGUGCGCGACGAUGAGCUCCAACGCUCAACUGCCCAGGCAGCGGUACAUCCAGUCCAUGGAUGACUACUGGAGACUGGAGAUGGAGGCACUGAUGCUCUUUAACAGGGGUGGAGUUACUGCCGCCGAUAUUCCCACCACCAAUGAGGAGCGGUUCAGGUUGGUCGACCAAAUGGUUGCAGCCUUCCGGAACACAGAAAACAUCUGCGAUUCUAGGGCCGACACCCACGGCCACAUUAGAUUUGUCGAGGAAGAACUUACCGACAAGAGCGCAGAGCGUAUGGCGUGGAAACUCUUGUUACAUCUGGUCAACUCUUCUAACGCUAGCACUCUGCAGGCCGAGACGCAGGCAUGCGAAGGCAGCGAAGGCGCUUUUCUAAGCAUCCCUGAGACCAGAAUCGCUAGGGCGAAGUUCAAAGACUUCACCACCAAAUGGAGGGUCGUAGUUGCUGUCUUCGCGUGCUGCAAGGCAGCCGUUUCCAACCUGUUUCAGCCUUCCAUCGUGGAGAGGUUUGUCAACAACCCGAUUACCGAGUUGGAUAUCAAAGCGCAUAACGCGAAGAUCGCUGCCGCGGUCAAGGAGCAUGGCUCCGCAGCAUUUGAUCGUAAGACCGGCGUGCUGAGGGACAGCGAUGGCACUGUCCUUGACGUGUUACCCCGUCCACAGAAGCGCAGAUUGGCGGAUGUCUUGCCGCCGGACCUCAUCCCACAUGCGAAGGUGAAGCGCGUUAGGCGCUCCCGUCGACAGGCCCAGGCACCGGCCAACAACCAGCAUAACGUCCACGACGAUCACAACGGCAACAAUGAUUCCAGCGGUGAUAACGAUCCCAGCGGUGCCAACGAACAUCGACCGGACAACGAGAGCCAGUUUGACAACGAGUACGAUUCGGACAACGAUUACGACCAAUCUGGUAGCGAGCAUGAUGGCGAGGGCGAUACUCAAAGCGGCAACCAACUUGAAGAGCAAGCCGCGACACCGACUGCGCACCAGUUUGAUGGCGCCUCCGAUUACUCUGUUCAUGAACAGCACUUUAUUUCCCAGAUGAUCGACCACGAACUAGCUCACGCAGUUGAAAUGGCGUCAUCCCCAUCUCAUCAGUCCGAGCAUCACGACCAGGAAGUCCAUGGUGGUCAACUCCCUGCCUUCGACGUGGCUUGGAGCGAGGAUUGUGGUCUUCAGCUGGCUGACAACGCUCAAGGUACCGGUCUUGAGGGUUUCCUCCCCGGUGAUGUCAAUCCCAUUGUCCCCCAUCACAGUUCCCCCCCUCCCAUUGCCCCUCUGCACAGACUCCCCCCUGACUAUUCCCUUUACCCCAACUCCCCCUACCACAGUUCCCCUCAUCACAAUUCUCCCCAUCCCACUGUCACUCAUUCCAACCAUCAGUAUGGCCAGCAGACCACCCCAGCUACCCGCUCGGCGGUCAACAGCGCUCAGCAUGCUCACAACCACCCGGGAAACGAGACUUUUGCGAUACCUAUGGAAAGCAUUGCGACCAAGACCUCCAAAGCUGCAUUCUACAACCAAACAUCGCCCAGUUCAACUACCUCGAGAGAUUCCAUCGUCAACAACGCAGCCACCGAGUUGGAUACAAAGCUCUCAAAUUUGUACACCAAUGCUGCCAUGGCCACCAGGCAAAAGAUCGCAACGGCGGUCGAAAAGCAUGGCUCGGCCUCGUUCAAUAAAACCACCCGGGAGCUGAAAGACAGCCAGGGUGAGGUUAUUGGUGUAUUCCCCAAGCCUGUCAAGCGCAAGCUUGCGGAUGUCUUGGGCCCCGAACUUGCGGGUUAUGCCAAGGUCAAGCGUGCGAGGCGCCCACGACAGGCGCGCAUGCAGGCCAGCAUCACAAACGAUGCCGGCAAUCUUGUUCCAGACCUUCAUGACAAGGACCCCGAAACCGACGAGGACCUUGAAGCUGAAGAGGGCGACAACAGCGAGUUCGACGACUACGGCUACGGUGACCACGACAACCAUCACGGCAACCAAGUUGGAGGAGUUCAUAGCGAUCAUUUCCCUGCCUCGUAUCACGUAUCGAGCGAGGAGUUUAGAGGCACCGCUAUGUACGACUAUGGCUACCUCUACGGCGACUACGAUAGCGGCCCGGGGUUGUCAACAAUAAUCAGCAAUAUCGAAUCUGCCAAUGGUCGCCAGCAGAUUGAUACAAGCUUUUCAUCGUUCGUUCCCUCUCAAGACCUUGAUGCCAACCACCACCUUGGUAGUGAAUCUGGUGGUCAUGCCGGCGCCGGCCCGUACUAUCCCGCCAUGGAUUAUCAAAACUCCAUGGCUGACCACCAAGCUAAUGGUCCCGCCCAGUACGACUUUGCGGAGGACUUCAUUCCUUACCACCACGGAAACCAAGUUGGUGGUCCAGCUGGGGUUGGUUCAUCUUCGCAGGCUCAUCAUCACGGUUAUAGAGGUUAUGCAGCUCAGUUCCCGGUCGCUGGCCAGGUUCAUAACCUGGAAUUCGGUGCCCAUCACAGCCACGUCGGGCGUGGUUUCGAGAGCCCUCUUUGCAACACCGCGUCGGAAUGGAGCCCACCUUGGUUCGGCGAGCAAGAAGGCUUAGGUGGACAGAGAUCUCUACGAGGUCUGAACGGGAUGCAUCAGUGCCAGAUUUCGCGUCGUUAG